UUGACGUUAGAAGACUUCUCAUAUGAAGGGAUCACGGCAAACUACAGACCCGCAUUUGGUGAUCCUGGUCGAAAGACCGUAUUUACAGCAGCGAUCGGGUUGGAAACAGAAAGACAUGAGAUAUUCCGUCUGUAUCAAGGCAGCAAGCGUGCUGCAGAUAUGAUGGUGAACAUGCUUGUCGAUGGAGGUGGCAAACCUAACUUAGUAAAACAAGAAAAAAAAAAGAAACCGAAAGAGAAAGAGAAGCAGGAAAAAGAAGAGAAAGAGGAAGAUAACCACGUUCGACGAUGGACCCCUGAGAGAUUCAGGUUGCGUGAUAGCAAAAAAGUUCCUCUAAUUGUAUUUGGUGACGGCAUGUUCAACAAAUCCGCCGUUCAUUUAAAGGGCCUUAAAACUGGUGUCGUUGGUGUUCUUUGGCGUGCAUUGAAGCGAAGAGAGGCUGCCGGCAAUUUACUAGUGAUAACCAUUGAUGAAUACUUUACCUCUCGAACAUGCAACAAUUGC